UUUCUUUUUAAAUGCCAAAAACAAAUUCUUCUCUCGGUUUUGGAUCCCACCAAAUUUCCAAGAUCUAACGCAUUAGGGGUCUCCUUUCCCCAUUUUCUUCCCACUUUCAUUUCACCAAAUUCCCCGCGCAUCUCUCCUCCGCCGUGCACCACCAUUAUCCGCCACCAAACUCACCAGCGCAGCCUCCAUUCCACCACCGCUCAAAAUGACGAAACUACCCAUCCUCCUCCUCCUUCUACUCUGCCUCUCCUCAUUCACCGCCGGCGAAAUAAAAAAACUCAAAAUCCGAUCUGAUAACCGGCCCAUGAUCCUCUUCGAACGGUUCGGGUUCACACACACGGGUCAAACAUCAAUCUCUGUCUCCUCCGUCUCUGUGAUCUCCACCGUAACAUCGCCUGACGCUUCCCGCCUCGGAUUUUUCCUCUUAUCUGAAGAAUCCUUAAUUCAAGUCCUAAUUGAGCUUCAACAAAACCCUAAUUUCUGUGUCCUUGAAUCAAAUUACAUUCAACGCCUUUUCACUUUUCGUGAUCUUUCGCCUCCGCCUAAUUCGUCCUUCGAUCGAGCUUACCCUGUAACUUCACCUAAUGAAUACUCUCUGUUUUUUGCUAAUUGUGCACCUGAAUCGAAGGUGUCUAUGGAUGUACGAACUGAGCUUUAUAAUCUCGAUGGCCGUGUUAAAGAUUAUCUCUCUGCAGGUCUUACUCAGUUGCCCACUUUGUACUUUUUGUUUUUCUUGGCUUAUUUUGGCUUUCUCGGCGUCUGGGUGUUUGUGUGUUUGAAGAAUAAGAAAUCUGUGCAUAGGAUUCAUGGGCUUAUGGCACUUUUGGUUAUAAUGAAGGCAUUGAAUUUGCUUUUCGCUGCUGAGGAUAAGCAUUAUGUUAAGGUUACUGGUACUGCACACGGAUGGGAUGUGUUGUUCUACAUUUUCCAGUCCAUACGUGUGGUUUUGCUUUUCACUGUUAUUGUUUUGAUCGGUACUGGGUGGUCGUUCUUGAAGCCCUUUUUGCAAGAGAGGGAGAAGAAGGUGCUGAUGAUUGUGAUUCCGCUUCAGGUUUUGGCUAAUGUGGCUUCCGUUGUGAUUGGAGAAACAGGUCCUUUCAUUAAGGAUUGGGUCACUUGGAAUCAGGUCUUUUUGAUUGUUGAUAUUAUCUGCUGCUGUGCUAUUAUUUUCCCCAUUGUGUGGUCGAUUAGGUCGUUGAGGGAGACUUCCAAAACUGAUGGGAAGGCAGCAAGGAACUUGGCAAAGUUGACUCUUUUCAGGCAGUUUUAUAUUGUGGUGAUUGGAUACUUGUACUUCACAAGGAUUGUGGUUUUUGCCUUGAGGACAAUUUCGGCUUAUAAGUAUCAAUGGGUGGCAUAUUCUGCAGAGGAAAUAGUGAGCUUAGCUUUUUACAUGGUGAUGUUUUACAUGUUUAGGCCAGUGGAGAAGAAUGAGUACUUUGUUCUUGAUGAUGAGGAAGAAGAGGCUGCAGCAGUGGCCCUUCGGGAUGAGGAGUUUGAGCUGUGAUUUUGAGAUCUGGUGGCUGGUCUCGCCCAGCCAUUUUAUACAGUUGUCAGCCUAACACUGUGAGUUUACUGAAGUGAUAAGUAGGUUUACUGGGACGAAUUACAAUUCACUUUUCUUUUUUGGUAGCUGUGGAAUCACAAAACGGGCUUGUAAUUUUGGAUAAUGGAAUUCUGAUGUCAUGUAAUUGUUAUAUAAACCUCAUUUUCAUGUAAUAGUCCCUUAUCAUGAUUUUGUUUCAUCUGUC